CUCUGAUUCAAACAUUGACUUCUAUUUUUUUUUCAUUCAAAACAUUGCUUUCUAUUUUUUUUUCAUUCAAAAAUGUCAUCUUCUUCACAUUAUCAUUACCACAAAAAUGAUAAUAAUGAUGAAUUUGAAUCUAUUUUUGAUGAUUUUAUAGAAACCUCUGAUAUUAUUCCUGAACCGAAAGAGCGAAAAAAACGUAUAUUUAUUGAGAGAAACCGAGAAGAAGGUCACAAUAAUCUUUGGAAUGAUUAUUUUAGCGAGACUCCCACUUACCCGCACAACAUAUUCCGGAGGCGGUUUCGAAUGAACCAGAGAUUGUUCUUGCGAAUAGUUAAUAGUCUCUCCCAAGAAUUUGAGUUCUUUCAACAAACACAAGAUGCUGCCGGACGGUCUAGCCUAUCUCCCCUUCAAAAAUGUACCGCAGCUAUUCGUCAAAUGGCGUAUGGUGUUGGGGCUGACAUCGUUGACGAAUAUGUCCGACUAGCUGAAACAACUGCAAGAAAUUGUUUGUUCCAAUUUACCGCCGGAAUUAUCCACUUGUUUGGCAAUCAAUACCUAAGACAUCCAACGCCCGAGGAUCUGGAAAAAUUACUAUAUGUUGGGGAACAACUUGGUUUUCCAGGUAUGAUUGGAAGCAUCGACUGUAUGCAUUGGGAGUGGAAGAAUUGUCCGACCGCUUGGAAAGGAAUGUAUUCACGAGGACACGAUAAACCAACAAUUGUGUUGGAGGCGGUAGCUUCUCAAGACCUCUGGAUAUGGCACGCGUUUUUUGGAGCUCCAGGUACUUUGAACGAUCUUAAUAUUCUUGAUCGAUCACCUGUUUUUGAUGAAAUAAUUAACGGAGACGCUCCCGAAGUCAAUUUCCAUGUCAACGGCAGGGAAUACGGUUUGGCUUACUUUCUUGCCGAUGGUAUUUAUCCGAAAUGGGCUUCUUUUAUUCAAUCUAUCCGACUCCCACAAGGUCAAAAACAAUCUUUAUUUGCUACCACGCAAGAAUCCGUGCGAAAGGAUGUUGAGCGUGCCUUCGGAGUCCUCCAAUCUAGAUUUGCGAUUGUAAGAAAUCCAUCAAAAUUAUGGGAUAAACACAAAAUAGGAAAUAUUAUCAAAGCAUCACUACAAGAAAACAUCCUCAACUCCGAUAAAAUUUACCGAGAAUUUCUCUUGUCAAUAAGCUUACAACGGAUUUCAGAUAACUUUCCGAGGACAUGUGAUGUUCGUCGGAAUAGCCUCAGAACAUAG